CGGUCUCUGACUCAUAUUCAGGGAAGACUUUGUUUUGAUUGUUGUGUUUGUUAUACGAUAUCAACGCUAAUAAUAAACAAAUCGUAACAUUAGUUUCAAUCAGUGAUCGCUUUUUGUAGUGACAAUAAUCGGCAAAGAAAUGGUGUCUUUAAUAGCGAUUCCUCUGAAGCGUUCAUAUGAUGUGGAUUUGGUUAAACCGAUCCGAGAGGUGAUCGCCAAUCACUCCUCAAAUGCCGACGAAUUGAAUGAAUUGAAGGAUAAUUUGCUUUCACUCAACAAAAUGAGAGCCAAUUGUAUCUCAAAGUCAUUGGACGUGAAAAGUGAGACCUCUUUGGAAUUGCUUCAGAAAUAUUACGACCAAUUGGUGUCAUUGGAGGCGAAGUGUCCGCACAUUGAGGUGUCGUUCCGAUGGAAGGAUGCCUUCGAGAAGGGCUCGUCAUUCUUCUUGGCCUCCAAUAGUCUGACCAUUUCUAGCAUUGCUUACGAGAAGGUCUGCGUUCUCUUCAAUAUCGGCGCUCUUCAGAGUCAUUUGGGAUCAACUCAAGUGAGCGAAGGUCUCAGUAAUGACAACGCCCUCAAGUCGGCCGCAAAGUACUUCUCGUCGGCCGCCGGAGUGUUUCAGUCACUUAAACAUACGGCCAGUUCUGCCGUCGGCUCACAUGACUUGUCUUCUGAUAUGCAGAACGAAGUGUUGAAUAUUUUACAGAAUUUAAUGUUAGCUCAAAGUCAGGAGACAUUCUUCUUGAAGGCCACUAACGAUAAUAUGAAGGAAGCGAUUAUAGCGAAGAUCGCCUCCCAGUGCGAGGAAUACUACGCGGAUGUGUUGAGACAAUUGCAAGUCAUUAAGUUUAACGCCGAUAAGGAGUGGCUGUCGAUCGUAAGCGUAAAACAGGCGGCUUUUCACGGCAUCGCUGAGUACUUCCAGUCGAUUGCUUGCCUUCAAAACAAAGAUUUCGGCGAUCAGAUCACACGACUCCAGAAGGCGGUCGACUGUUUCAAAGGAGCCGAAAGUCGCGGCACUUUGAGCUUCAAUCAGACGUUUAAAGAGUAUUUGAAUAAAGCGAGCAUUUUGUUGGAAGAGGCGAAGAAAGACAAUGACUUCAUAUAUCACGCAAAAGUACCCGAAUAUAAGUCAUUGACAACCAUUGGAAGGGCACAGUUGGCCAAACCGGGAGCCGUUCCCGAAAGGUUUUUCCCCAAUAAUCCGGAUAUGUUUGAAAAACUGCUGCCUCUCGGCGUCCAACAGGCGGUCCACAAAUUGGAACUUAAAAAGCAAGAGAUUGUUAACACAGAAGUGGCUUCGCUUCGGGAAUUGACUCAAACUCUGAACGCAGUUCUCGUGUCUCUGAACCUCCCGGCGGCCAUCGAGGACUCGUCCGGACAAGAGGUUCCCAAAUCAUUGAUUGACAAAUCGAAUGCAGUGAAAGCGAAGGGAGGCAUUGAUGUGAUCACUCGACUUAUCAAUGAAUUGCCAGAUCUAUUGCAGAGGAAUCGAGAGAUUUUGGAUGAAAAUGAAAGAGCGCUCAACACUGAAGAGGAGUCGGACGACAACUUGAGGGCUCAGUUUAAGGAGCGUUGGAGUCGAACGCCUUCCAGUAAAUUGAACCACAACUGGAAGGAACACAUCGCCAAAUAUAGGAGUAUUCUUCACAACGCCAUCGAAGCUGAUAAUAAAGUGAAGACUAAAUUCGGCGCUCAUUCCCAGAAAAUGCAAUUACUGUCGAGCGGUUCGCCGUCCGAUUUGGCCGCUGCUAUACCUUCGGGUUCGAGUGGCGGCUCUUCUUAUCAAAGCAGUCCAGUUGUGUCUCAACUCAGAAAUUUGAUGGCAAACGUCGAGGCGCUUAAGAAUGAAAGGGAAGUGAUUGAGUCUGAGCUCAAGAAUAUGACAUUCAAUGACAUGAAAAAUAAAUUCCUGUCCGCACUCGUCAAAGAUGGAGCCAUUAAUGAGUUUGCGUUGAGUACAGAAGCGUUGGGUGAGGUCUACGGUCCGCUUCAGAAGCAGAUCCGCGAGAGUAAAGAGCGUCAGGAAAGACUCCUCGAAGACAUUCAACGCUCGAACACUGAGUUUAUAAAACUUAAAGGAAAUCUUUCGGUCGGUUCUAAUGAAAGGGAGACUUUUCUGUCUGAGUUGGCGGCCGCUCACGACGCCUAUCAGGAACUGCUCUCUAAUCUGGAAGAGGGCACCAAAUUCUACAACGAUUUGACACAACUGUUAGUCAAUCUUCAGAACAAAAUCGAAGACUUCUGUUUCGCACGAAAGGCAGAGCGAGAGGAGCUCUGCAAAGACUUGCAAAACGAGAUCGUCUCGCGGGCUAACCCUCCGCCGCCCACAACACCUGCCUAUCACACCGACGAACAACAAAGGCCUCCGAGACCGCCGCCGCCCACCGCUGCGCCUACCGCUCCACAGCCCGUCUCCAGUGCUCCCAAUCCGCCACAAGUAUUCCCAUUCAGUCAACCACAGCCACAACCUUAUGCCGCAAACCUAUACCAACCCCAGCAAUACUAUUACCCCCCGCCUCCACUUCCGUCGGGAUUUAAUCCAUACGCAAUGCCAACACAACAACCGCAGGCGCCUUAUCCUCAAAUGAACACUCAAUAUCCGAUACAACAGACCGGUUAUGGUUAUCAAAACCCACCGCAAAACACAGGUUAUGGUCACUACCCAUACCCGCCUCCCAAUCAGUGAAUUGAACGCACGGUUUAUACAUCACUAAUAUUUAGUUAAAUGAAAGUAUAUUUUUAAUUAUCGAUUCUUUUAUUAAAAUACAGAAAACGUUAAAUUAAUGAAUGAAAUAAAAUAUUAAAUGAAA